AUGCUUCCUGAACUUGUGCAACUCGGCCAGCUUCACAUCAAACAUGCAGCAUCUCUGUGUUUGGUAGCAACCUUUAUCUGGCUUGCUACUACUGUGUUUCGCUUCUCGAACAAAGGAAGUGACAGAAGAUCAGCUCAAGAUCUCGAGAGGAAAUCGUCUUCGACAUCAAAGUUUCAAAAGCCUAACAGGAAACCCGGAGAAUGGAUACCCUCAGACUUCAAGAGGCCGACCGCCUCUCCAUAUCCGGACUGGGAUGUCCAUGCGACCAAACCGAUCCCAUAUCGACCUUUCAGAUAUGGCCCGAAGUAUUUCAUCACGAUGGGGCUGAGAAGCAUGAAGUGGGAUGAAUGGAUCGGUAAGGCAUCUUCACAGGUCACAUCCAUGGCUGCAGAGAAGCUGACAGAAGCUCUAGAGCUGGACAACCACUACCUACGGUAUCACGCCGACAAAGCACGUCGAAUCAAGGAAAGGGGAGCGAAAUGCUGCAGAACCGGCCCCGAGGCGAUGGACGGCGCGAUUGAGCUGCUGGAAGAGCUCUCCUCCUACCUCCCCGAAAGAUACCCCUCCAUGUUCCGCAAAACCGCAACAGGCAUCGACAACACCAUCACCGGCGAAUCAUUCAACAUCACCCAGCGCCCACUCCCCGAAGACCCGAUGGCGACCUGCGCGCGGCUCGUCCAAGACGACCUCGCGCUCAUGUUCGAGAAGCCAGACGGCGAGUACUACCUCCUCGCGGGCGCGAUCCUGCUCGCCGGCUUCUGGCGCCUCGAAGACAAAUACGGGAUGCGCCUAUCAGAGAUCCACACCUCCGGCGACGUCCCCGGCUUCAAAACGAAGCUCGAAAAGGGCAUGAUGAACUUCUUCCGCCGGAUCAGACCCGAAGACCCUGUUCUCCGCAACAACUAUUUCAUCCAGGUCGACGACGAGCUCGCCUGGUCGCAUAGUAUCGGGUCCGAGGACGCGCCCGAGGUCUCGUGGAACACCGCGCAGAAGAACAAGGCGAUCGAGCACCAUUACUUCCGGUCGGAGAGGCAGAGUCUGCGCCGGCUGCCGCGGUCCGGGGCGGUGGUGUUUACCAUCCGGACGUACUUUGAGCCUAUCACGGAGAUUGUCAAGGAGCCGUACGUGCCUGGUCGGCUGGCGUCUGCGAUUCGGAGUUGGGAUGGGGAUGUAUCGCGGUACAAGGGGCGGGAAAGGUACGAGGAGGUGCUGCUGGAGUAUCUGGAUAAGAAGCAUGAGGGGCAGGUUGCUGCGGGCCUGGAUAUGGACAAGGAGGAUGAGGUUCGGAGUUACCCUUUUUGA